GCCGAUCAAAAGGGAGUGAUCUUGCGUGGUUGAAACAAAGAAAAUGGACUACCUCUACAACAACGACUGCAAAUUCUUUACAGGCCGUGGUGACGAUGAAAAGCUUCCCGAAAUCAGUAUCGUUUGUGAGAAUAGUUGCCACACGACGGCGCUGCAGAAAGCAACACAUUGCUUUGAAAAGCUGGACUACCUCGCCAAGCAGCGUCGUAAAAAGGCGGCCAAGGAAAUGGAGUCGCGCCAUAACAAGGUGCUGUUACUGAACGGAUCCGCAUUGGUGCAGGACAAAGUGUUUCAGUGCAACAAUCUAGCCCACUUGAAGGUGUACUACAACAACGCCGGCAAGCGUUUGCAGAAUGCGGGAAGGAUGCGGGACUCGAUACGCUACCUUGAGGCUGCAUACGUCAUCCCGUUGGAAAGUAAUCGGAACGUGUUGCAAACCUCCAUUAACCUGCUGCUUACCGUAGCGUACAGAAAGACCGAACAGUACCGGAAGUAUCUCACAUUCCUCGGACGCUCGAAGGAUCCGCAUUCGCAGGAGCAGAAUUUAAACAAUCUUCUUAAAAAGCCAUUCCCCGUCUGGCAGGAGGAUGCAGCGUGCAGCGCUGUCGAUUGGGAAAAGGAACUGUUCGGCACUAGCAACAGCCGUGCCGUGUCCUGCGAAAUAAUCAACGGAUCAUUGGUGGCCAAGCGUGACUUUAAUGUUGGCGAUGUAAUAUUCGUCGAAAAGCCAGUGGUUGGUUACGUUGCGGAAUCGAUGGGUCAAUGUAACUGGUGCACCCUGAAGACGCUCUACACCGUGCCAUGUAUAGUUUGCCGUGAGGUAUUUUACUGCAGUGUGCAAUGCUUGGGCAAGGAUGAGCAUUACCACCAGUACGAGUGUCGGGGCUACCGGUCGCUAUUAUUUCCGCUGAUGGAUUUUAUGCUUACAAUCCGUCUGCUGGUGAAAUCGUUGGAUGUACUGCAAACGAACCUAUCGCUACGCAAACCGCCCACCCAUCAUCCCAGGACGGUGGAGCAGCUGUGGGCAGCUUUGCUCGAGGAUCACCAUGCGCAUUCGGAAGACUUGCUUUCGCUGUUGCAAGGGUGCACGUGCGAUCAUUACGUGGAGGAACCCGGCAGCUAUCCGGUGCUGAUCCAAAAGGCUUCACUCAUCAUGUCCUACUUAAUGAUGGACAAAAGGCUGGUUGAAGAUUACAAGUCCUGCUGGAUGAAUCUAUCGAUUGCCGAGCGGAACAUAUUCCUUGAAAGCGUCCUGCUGCGGCUUUUGUGUGUAGUGCACACGUUUAUGUGCGGAUUCAAAUACGAGCUGUCGUACGACAAGGGAGAUGUCGACGAUAUGAUGAGGUCCCGCUCGUCAGCGACGGACGCGCAGGACGCAGUGCACACAAACGCGCCAGAGUCGAAGGCACCAUUCGACGCGCAUCAGCGGCCAGCCGCAUACGCGCGAACCCAUGAUAACUUGCUCAUGUUUUGGGACGUUUGUUGGACCGAGGCAAAUCACCGAGCGCAACAGGCGGACAAUGUAGACGCUGUGGAGUGUGCGCUGCAAACAUACAGCGAAGGUUAUCACGCUACGUUCAACUUUCUGGAGCACCUGGCCCAGUGCAAAUCGGCACCGAAAGUAACGACCUUCAACCAGUACCGUGGUUUGUACCGAUUCGUUCGUGAAAUUGAAUCUUCUGACGAGGAAUCAAAUGUUAUCACUAUAUUGCUGGAUCACGGAGUCGUCGCGUUUCGGGCAUUAAAAUCGAUCAAAAAGGGCGAGACAUUGGUAUUGGCACGUACGUUCAGCAACGCCAGCGAGGUGCAGCAAGAUUUUUCCAAUACCAUAAAAAUAAUAGGAAACGAUGACAUCAAAACUGAGCAGGCAAGAUUGAUCUGUAGGAUCGAUUUAACGAGCGAAAUCAUCGAUAAGAUGAAAAAUAAGACAUCUUUAUUCGUGUCGGGAAGUUUCUUCUCCUUUUUGUUCAUUUUCGAUCAUUUCAUAAAAGUGUUCGAUGGCAUUUUACAGCGAUCGAAGCACAGCGUGCAGAUUUUUGAGCUAAUAAACAAAAUAGAGAACAUCUACAAUCAUGCCCGGAUAGUGCCGGGUGUGCUUAUGCAAGACGAGUGGACGACCCAGUUGGUGAAGCGCGGUCCCAAGUUGCGCUUGAUGAAGCGCCAGAACAACAAAAUCGUUGCCAAUCAGCUGUACAAUAGCUUCUUCAAAUGAAAAAAACGGAUGUUUUCAUGCGUACUUUAGUAGGAAAAUGAAUAAUUUAUGAACUACCGUGUAGGUUUUCGAAAAUACAAUGCAUUCAAU